AUACAAGCAAAAUGAAAUUUGGCUAGCCCAUCCCCGCUCUGAUCCUCAAUUUCCUGCUGCCAGGUUGGCCGGAUCAACUUCUCCGAUUCAAAGUGCUUUACCUUCGUCCAUUCCUUCUUCCCAGAGUUCAUCUUCAACCCUCGCCAAGAUUCCUUUUGAUGCGCCAUACAGAUGAAACAGAUUAUAAAGAGAAGGGACGAACAGAAAGAGAGAAUAGAGAAGAGAAUCUGAGAGAGAAAAUCAGAGGGCAAAGACACAGAAUAUUCGUUCACUUUCUGGAUAACCGAAUUCAGGUUUGAAGUAUGGAUCCAGAAGAAGCGCGAACUGCACGAGAAUCCCUAGACCUGGCAUUCCAUAUGUCAAACAUACUUGACACAGGUCUGGACCGUCACACACUCUCUGUUUUGAUUGCUCUGUGUGACCUUGGUGUCAAUCCUGAGGCACUUGCUGCUGUUGUCAAGGAACUGAGAAGAGAGAAGGUUUCUCAACCAUCAUCCUCCUUUCCUUCACAACCAUCAUCUCUGUCCUGAAUGGGGUUUAGUAUUCGCUUUCUCAUUUUGCCUAUGCAUAUUCGAAUUCGUGUGCUCCAGGAUCCAUGUGUGAACUUGAUUAUUAGUUUGUCGUUUGAAUGUACAAAAACCAGCCAACUUUUUGUAACAUCAACAUCACCUGAAAAUUUGUACUAUCAUGUAAUCUUGGGUAAUGUUCGCCAAAACAAAAAAGGGCAGUUGCGAUUACAAGGAAAUUGCUGGAUAGGAAGUAAUAUUUUUAUUCCAGCGGUGAAAUACAAUGUAAUACACUGUGCUCUCUUAUUUUA